AUGUGGGAGGACAGCUUCGACACAGAGAAUUACUCAGCGGUGUCGUGGAGGCAGUAUUUUGACCAGUCGGAGGACAUCCCAGUCGGACCAUCAGAAACCAGAGAUGUGUUCAGGGUCUACAGAAACGGAACAGACGGACCUCUACUGGUUCUGCUGCACGGAGGAGGACACUCUGCCUUGUCCUGGGCUGUUUUUACUACAGCCAUAGCCAGUAGGGUGACCUGCAGGGUGCUGGCCAUGGACCUCAGGGGUCACGGUUCCACCCAGGUACGUCAGUCAGACGACCUCUCCACACAGACCAUGUCUAGGGAUGUGGCCAAUGUGGUGCGAGCGUGCUACGGAGAGGCCCCUCCCCCCAUCGUCCUGGUUGGUCACAGUAUGGGCGGGGCCAUCGCUGUCCACACCGCCUCCAGCAUGCUCCUCCCCACUACUGUAGGACUGGUGGUGAUCGACGUGGUGGAAGGCAGUGCCAUGGAGAUGCUACACAGCAUGCAGAACUUCCUGAAAGGACGACCCAAGUCUUUUGAGUCUAUUGCCCAUGCCAUAGAGUGGAGUGUUAAGAGCGGUCAGAUCAGGAACCGAGAAUCAGCACGAGUAUCCAUGGUGGGACAGAUCAAGAGGCACGUAGAGGUGGAGGAUGUUGUUGAAUCACCUGAGCAGGCCAUCCCUGUUAGCGACGUAGUCGUCGAGAGCAACGAGGAGAUCUACGUUGACCCGAGCUACGUUAGCGACAAGCCAGACGGUACGCCAGAGGUGAGCAUCCCAGAACCCGAGGGUGUGUAUAGCUGGCGUAUAGACCUGUCCAAAGCAGAGAAGUACUGGGACGGAUGGUUCAGAGGAAUCUCUAAUCUGUUCCUGGGAUGUAACCUGCCCAAACUCCUCCUGUUAGCAGGUGUAGAUCGUCUGGACAGGGACCUGACUAUAGGCCAAAUGCAAGGCAAAUUCAUGAUGCAGGUGCUGCCCCCUAGUGGCCACGCAGUGCACGAAGACACACCAGACAAAGUUGCAGAUUCUCUGGCCAGCUUUCUGUUCAGACACAAGUUUGCUGAGGCUAGCAGAGGUCAGCGCACGAGCUCUUCCUACCCUUUCACGCGGUGA